AGCACACAAAUAAUUAGUGAGCUAUUUUUAUGGAUCCUCGGAUGCGGGGCUGCGCAUGCGCAAUGCGCAUUGAGCAGAGGAAUCAAGGUGCUGGGGGUCUUCCUCCACAAUCUUAAUUAGAAUUUACAUAUUCAAUGUGUGUGUGUUUUGUAUUUGUGCACAUGUUGCACUGCAUUUGAAGAUCUCGUCGUGCACUUAAUCACUUGAGCCGUCGGCACCAUAUGGGGUCCUUUCUUUUGCUUCUUGUUGUCUGUGCACCGCGGCAUCUGGUGCAUGGAAUAUGUAGACUGGGCGCGGUAUAACCUGUUAAUCAGAUAUGCGGAUUGAGCCGAAAAUUAUGCCACAAAGCUGCCGCUGGGCCAGCUGGCACUCGACAGCGUUUAAUUGACAAUUAAUAAAACUUUUAAUUUGAGCCCAAUUGGCACAUUGCACAUUAUGGUAAUGGUAGUGGGCUGUGGAGUAUGGGGUAGCAUGGAUAAUGCCCACAGAUCCCAGCCAUUUGUCCUGGUAAUUCUUCAUUAAUCUGCCUCGCAAUCAUUUACGUAAAGCACUGUGCCACCAAACCUAAUUGCAAGUUAUGAAUAUCUCAUCGGAUAUUAAAUCGAUGGCCGUCGCUUAACUCCGACAAGCCACGACCACGAUGACGAUGGAAAUAAUAAUGAGGAUGACUGCGUUGAAUGGAUUGAAUGAAUGGCCUGAAUGGUAUCGUUCGCCGACCAUCCAUCCGUCCGUCCGUUUGUCCGUCCGCUUGUCCGUGCGGAAGUGGCGACACUUAAUUGCGAAUUGAGUGCAUUUUCAAUUUUUAUUGAACCGGCGCCCAGUCGAGCAUUAUGCUGCGGUGUGGUAUCAUUAAAUAGUCGGUUGCUUUGCUGCUGCGAAGUAUGCUAUGAAAAUGCAGCCAGAGUGGGCGUGGCACUUACUCCCAUGCGCUCAUUAGUGGUAUCUACGAGACGAUAACCAGCGUAGUAAUCGAUGGAAUAACUUGUCUUCUUUAUCAGUUGGCGCACAUGCAAAAAUAUAUUCAACCCAUCAUCGAUGAAGUCAGUCUACAGAAGUCAUCCCGAUAUUUCGGUCGUUAAAAAAGAAAGAAAUGAGAGCUGUAACCUUCUUAGCAGUUAUUUUGGUGACCUUGCUGGGUCACCGAACUAGUGGCCUGGAGUUCGAGGAGUGUGCCAGUGCCCCACAAUUGGGAGUUUAUGUGGCCAGCUCGAGUAAUUGCUCCAAAUACAUAUAUUGUGCCGGUCCAGGAUCCUUUGAGGCCGAGUGCUUGAAUGGUCAUUACUACGACGAAAAGUUGGAACGCUGUUUGGAUCGAAAGUUGGUGACGAGAUGCCGGGAUCCCGCAGAGAACACCACCAAAUCCCCUUCGAUGGUCAAGAAGCCAGCUCAGAAAACGGAACCAUUGGCGAUUACCCUGCGACUUUUACCCAAUGCCGGUCCCUGUUAUCCUUAUAUGGUCUGCUACGAGGGAGCUGGACUGGCCAAGGCAUGUACUCCUGCUCAUCUAGUGUCCUGCAAUCGUAUGCAAUCGCGAGAGAAUAUCAUCAACUGCCAGGAGGGAGUCUAUGGCUUUAUGCCACAUCCACGUAACUGCGCCUACUUCUACUACUGCUCCAGUGGCUCCAAGCUCGUCCAUCGAUGUCCCUUGAACUACACUUGGCACUACGAACGGAGGUCCUGCGUCCAGCAGUCCGAGAGGAUGUGCUACUCCGAGAAGCUUCGGCUUAUACAAAAUAGAAUAGAAAACGCCAACCGCUCGUAUUUCUAAUG